UUAAGAUCGCAUUAGUCAGUACUAGCUACUUAGGCAAACUACCUUUCCAUACAAAAAGACCGGUAUUUUUUAUCAAAAGACAAGUGAACAGACAACUAUUUAGUUUAGAAAAUAAAGGCACAGAAGCUAACGAUGGAUAUCGGGUCUCUUUUGCAGGACACAUGUCCUGGAAACCUACAGGGUAUGUCAGGAUAUUUUUUUCUGACUUUGUUGAACAGUUUAAUGAGUUCCAAGUGCAAGUUAGCUAACACUAACGACUAUACAGAAGACUAUGCGCCCAGAUUGAAAGACGGAGAUGAAUUUGACUUUAUAGUGGUAGGUUCUGGGUCAGCUGGAGCAGUGGUAGCGAAUAAGCUAAGUGAAAAUCCCAACUGGAAAGUGUUGGUACUGGAAGCUGGAGGUUAUCCAUCAGCAACUAGUGAUAUACCAGCACUUCUAUUUAGUGCUUCAGGACACGAAGAAGACUGGCAAUAUCGAACGGAACCCUCUCCACUGUCUUGCCUAGGAUUCAAGAACGAGCAGUGUAUAUGGCCAAGGGGAAAAGCUCUCGGGGGCAGCAGUAUUUUAAAUGCCAUGAUGUACGUCAAAGGAAAUAAAAGAGAUUACGAUACCUGGGAAGAAUUGGGGAAUACGGGAUGGGGUUGGGACACUGUAAAAGAAUAUUUUAAGAAACUAGAAAAUAUGCAAGUUCAAGGAGUUAGUGAUCAGUAUGGAAGAGAUGGUUAUAUGACGCUAAAUAGAUAUCCUUCAGAUCAACCAAUUGUCACAAUAUUAGACGAUGCGUUCAAAGAAAUGAAAUACCCCCAACUAAAGGAAGAAAACCCGGCGAACCCUCUAGGAACGUUGACAGCUUUCCAAUGUAUCAAAAAUGGAAUUAGAUUCAAUACAGGAAGAGCCUUUUUGGGCCAAGUUAAAAGCAGAUCAAACUUGAUGACAGCUCUAUACUCUUUUGUUCAGAAAGUAAUAAUAGAUCAAAAAAAUAAAUCAGCAACUGGAGUACAAGUAAAAGUGGGCGAGAGAAUAAUAAACCUUAAAGCUAAAAAAGAGGUUAUAGUUUCUGGUGGAUCCAUCAAUUCGCCACAGCUGUUGAUGCUGUCUGGUGUAGGCCCCAAAGAUCAUCUACAAGAAGUGAAAAUCGACCUCAUUAAAGAUUUGCCAGUUGGAGAGCACUUAGAAGAUCAUGCAUUGCAUGUCGGAUUUUUCGUAGAGCUAAAUCCUGAAAUACAGUCAACGGAAAAUCAGUUGGAUAUGAUCUAUAAGUACUUUGCCCACCAAGAAGGAGUAUUAGGAACCAUCCUGAUCACCAAUUUCUGGGAUUUCAUAAACACAAAGAAUGACUCACCUUACCCAAAUAUGCAACAUCACUAUCUUCUAUAUCGCGUUAAUGACACUUAUGCGACAUCUGGGUUUCCCACAUCAAUUGGACUUAAAGACGAGAUCUUGGCAAACAUAAAUGAUGCGAUCAAAGAAAGACCACUCCUGCAAAUUGCCUCUACUCUACUAAAUCCAAAAUCUCAUGGAAAAAUUAUGUUAAGAAGCAGCAAUGCCCAAGAAAAACCUUUAAUAUAUUCCGGAUAUUUUUCAGAUCAGAAUAACGAGGAUAUGACAGUGAUGCUGGAAUCUUUAAGGUUUUUGGAAAAAUUAUUAGAAACUUCCCCACUGAAAGAGCAUGAUCCACGUAUAACGCAGCUAGAUCUUCCAGAAUGUAACAAAUUUGAAUUCCGUUCAGACGACUACUGGAAGUGCUCUCUAAGAUAUCACACUACAACUGUCUACCACCCCACGGGAACCUGUAAGAUGGGACCCUCAGACGAUGGAACUGCUGUAGUUGAUCCAGAGCUGAGAGUUUUUGGAAUCGAUAACUUAAGAGUGGCUGAUGCUAGUAUUAUGCCAAAAAUAGUCAGUGCUAACACGCAUGCCCCCACCAUGAUGAUUGGUUAUAAAGCGGGAGUGAUGAUCAGCAAGUACUGGAAUGAUAAACAUGUUGAAUUAUAAGUGUUAAAAAUGUUGUAUUGUUUUGUAUUUAGAUUUUAAAUAAAGACUACUUUUUAUAU